GUUUGUUGUCGAGCAAGAUGGAGUUCCUUUUGGGAAAUCCUUACAGUACCCCAGUGGGGCAUUGCAUCGAGAGAGCCACCGAUGGCUCCCUGCAAAGCGAAGACUGGACCCUCAACAUGGAAAUAUGUGACAUCAUCAAUGAAACAGAGGAUGGGCCAAAAGAUGCCAUUAGAGCAGUGAAGAAGAGACUGAAUGGCAACAGGAACUAUAGAGAAGUGAUGUUGGCUUUAACGGUCCUGGAGACUUGUGUGAAGAACUGUGGCCAUCGCUUUCAUUCUCUGGUGACCAGCAGGGACUUUGUUGAUGGUGUACUUGUUAAAAUUAUCUCUCCUAAAAACAACCCACCUACAAUCGUUCAAGAUAAAGUACUCGCCCUGAUUCAGGCGUGGGCUGAUGCAUUCAGGAGCAGCCCGGACCUCACAGGUGUGGUCCAAAUCUAUGAGGAGCUCAAGAGGAAAGGCAUUGAGUUCCCCAUGUCAGAGUUGGAGACCCUCUCGCCUAUACACACACCUCAGCGGUCGGCAACUGCUCCAGAGGGAGACUCCGCCCUACAAAAAUACACCACCACCACUACCCAGCCGGCACCACAGGCUGUCCUGCCAGCCUACACCGCUCCUCAGGUCCCCAACAUUCAUGCCUCCGGAUCCAUCAAUCCUACACCCGAUCAGAUUUGUCGGCUGCGCAGUGAGUUGGACAUUGUGCGUGGAAACACUAAGGUGAUGUCAGAGAUGUUGACCGAGAUGGUUCCAGGACAGGAGGACGCUUCAGACUAUGAGUUACUACAGGAGCUGAAUAGGACUUGCAGAGCCAUGCAGCAGAGGAUAAUGGAGCUCAUCUCCUGCGUUUCUAAUGAGGCAGUGACCGAGGAGCUGCUGCAUGUCAACGACGACCUCAAUAACAUCUUCUUACGCUACGAAAGGUAUGAGAGGUUUAGGUCUGGAAGGUCUACAGCUCAGAGCGUCAACAAUGGGGUCCUGAGUGAGGCUACAGAGGACAACCUCAUAGACCUCGGCCCAGGCUCCCCUGCGGUGGUCAGCAACAUGCACAACGCAGCUCCAACCAACUUGUACUCCAACGUCACAGCCCCCGCAGUGAGGCCCUCCUCUCCAGCCACCUUGGCCUCCCGCCUGGCCGUACUUGACGUGGGUGCAGACAGUGUGAGCAGUACUUUGAGCUCUUUGCCCAGCUGUAAGCCUCCACCUGCACAGGAUGACUUUGAUGUGUUCGCCCAAACCAGGACCGGAGUUGUGUCUGAACCACAGAAGACCAGUACAGCAGAGGACGGCAAUACUGCUGGUAGCCUUCCUCCCACUCUGGAUGUCCCACAGCCAGCUGCAGGAGCGGGUGUCGGAGGCCAGUCCUCUGUCAUGGAUGACAUAGAGGAGUGGCUGUGUACUGAUGUGAAAGGAGAUGAAGGCGAGGAAGGCGUGACAAGUGAAGAGUUCGACAAGUUCCUCGAGGAGAGAGCCAAAGCCGCAGAGAUGGCCCCCAGCCUACCGUCGCCCCCCAGUGGCGACCCGGUUGCGGCGCAGGAAACCCCAAACCGCAAAAAGCCAGACCGACCGGAGGACGCUCUGUUCGCCAUGUAGACCUUCCACCUUUGACCCUCCGACCCCCCAGCCGAAGACCCGACCAGCUGAGCAGCAUCACACCCGAGGACAGACUGACCUGACACAAAAAACACAUCCACCCUCCGCUCUGAUUGCUCCAUCACAACGCUAUUCAGUUACACUACAGAGAUUUGUACAUGCUGUCCUUUGUAAAAAAAAAGAAAAAAGAAAAAAAGGGAAUCAUUCAUGUUCUCCGUUAACUUCUCGCUAGACAAAAGGGAAAACCUGACAAAUGGUCUAUUUUGAUACGCCACCGAACGAUGGACCCCUCCCCCCUCACCUCCCUCCCACAUGAUGACCAGUGUCAGAGACAAUGAGGCCGCCUGCUUGUUCCCUCUUCUUUGCGUGUGAAGAAAUGUCCCUCAGCCUGUUGUGGACUGCAGAGCUUCAUGUUGCAGCUAAUCCUGAUAAUACGAUGUAGAGUUUUAUAAAAGAGGCGCCCCGCUGAUCAUGUCAGAAAUAGGAUAUAUACAUUUCUAAUCCAAGCCCUCAAAGCAUGCAUUAACACCACCAACCUUGAUUAUUUAAGUUUUUACUUUUAAAGAAGCCCUAACAGAUGCAUUUACGGUUGCUAUUGCAGAAUUGCUAAUUAUAGGCAGAACGAGCAAACCUACAAGGAUAUUUGUUUUCGGUGUUUUGUAUCGGUCCCUUUGCAAGUCAGUCUAAAUUGAAUUGUAAAUCUGUAAAUGACAAAUGUCAAGCUGUGUGUAUAUUUAAGCUACGUAUGUAUGAAAGAGAUGUUGAUUUAAUGGAGAUUUGUUUUGAAAAAGGGGUUUUUGGAACGGGCUCAUGUUCCCAGCUGCUUUGACGAUAGGGAUGUACCUCACUGCGUUCUGCUUCCUCACGAGAAAAAAGGGACAAUAAGCAUCUUGAUUAUUGACAAAAACUCACUUUUAAAAAGAAGAAGAAGGGAAUUUAGUUUUUAUCGUCGGCGUAAUUGCACACACACUAAUAACCGUAUACUCAAAUCUGCAUUCUCACGCUGUAGAUUCCUCUUUCACAAACUCAACUGCAGAUCUUUGAUGAUAAGUUGAUCACAGUGAAUUUUCCUGAGAUUAUUUUGAUGAGAUUUUAUUCGCCUAAAGCUGCUGCAGUCGGUCUUAACUCCUUCUGCUGAACUAUACUGUCUAAUUAUUGUUGUUUGUGUGAUCAUCUUUAUGCUGAAGAUAGAUACAAAUAUAUUUUUGUGUCAUUGAAUGAGUUGGCAGGGAGCCAGAGGUAGCUGAAGAGACAUGCUGUCAUCAGUCAGUGACUGUAGGAUUUUUAACUCAUGUUUGAGUAGCUCGUGCCGUACCUUUUCAGUUUAGCGGACCAAGUUUUUUCUUUUAUUUUGGAUGCGGAUGGAGGAAAAAAAAACUUAGAAUGUGUACAGACCGGAUAAUUGAAUUGUUUGUACGUAAUCCGGCCCUAUCUUUACAUCCAGGGACAUGAUGAGAAUUCAAUAUCACACUACGAAAGCUGUUUGCACAUGAUAUUUUUUUCCUGUUUUUUUUUUUUGUGCAGCUCUCCUUUAUUUCUCGAUGCUGACACCUUGGAAGGCCUGACCUUUCAGUACGACAUUUGUUUUUCCCGAAACGAGCUCGCCAACGCAGACACAGCGCUUACAAAUGAGACAUUUCACUAUUUGACAGUAAUAAAUGCAACAUGUUACACAAUCACGACAAGCUACAAACAAGCGUGCACUUUGACAGUUUCAACUUGUACUGUAAAGGACGAACACUUAACCAGCUGUAAUUAAUGAGAUGUUUGGAAAUAUUUAGAAAUAAUUUAUUCAGUGCUAUUCUUUUCUUUUCUUUUUUUUUGUUCUCUUUCUUCAGAUCAGUAUUUUAAAUUGUUUUAUUGUAAGGAAAGUGGGAAAACAAUGAGAAAUUGUCAUAAAGGUGUGUGUUUUAAGUGUGUUUCUGUUUUAUACAUUACUGCUGGUUAAUGUACCUUAUUUGUUAUGUUUAUUGGUUUUGUGGAUAUAUAAGGGCAGAUCACUGACUGUGAGAAACAGAUGAACUGUAGCUCUAAGAGAAUCACACCAUUAAUCUCAUGAAGGAUACAUAUUUUUUUUAAUAAAUCCCUCAUAAGUUUAUGGACUGACUAGCACAUGACAAAACAGACAUUAUCUUACUUUCUGACACUUUUUUCGACAAAGCAUCAACAUUGCACAUUUGAAGGGAAACGUCAUUUCUCCUUCUGUUUCCUUGUUUUUAGUGUUCGACGUGAGUGCGUGUGAGUGUGUCAGCUGUUGCGUAACGGAAUCGUUUUAUCUCUCCGUCUAUUAAAAAAAGAAAGAAGAAGAAGAUGUGCAUUUUAAAGAACCCAUGUUGUCACUCUCACUCUUUGAUACCGCCCAGCAUCAGCCUGGUUCGUUUCAGCGUGAGCUCUCGUCAGCGAUUCUGUAACUGUAUCUCAGCACACUGGAGAGUCGUCUCAGAGCUGUUUUGCAGAGGAACAGUGCGUUUCUUUGUGUGUCACUGGAUUAUAUGAAAAGAGAUGCUGAUAAGGGAGGCUGUGCUGUGUGAUCCCUACUCUCUCCUGAGUUGCCUCAUCCCUCAUUUCUCUUUGUGUUGUUUGACUUCUGCAUGAACUCUUAAUAAAACAUUGGCAGUGUGUGAUCCGCA